GGGCGAUGUACAGCAAUGGGGUCAUUUAAGAAUUCUGUUUUCAUCUUGGUCCUUUACCUUCUGGAAGGGGCCCUGAGUGAUUCCCUCAUUCAGCUGAAUAAUAAUGGCUAUGAAGGCAUUGUCAUUGCAAUUGACCCUAAUGUACCAGAAGAUGAAACACUCAUCCAACAUAUAAAGGAUAUGGUGACUGAUGCAUCUCCAUAUCUGUUUGAGGCUACAGAAAAAAGAUUCUAUUUCAAAAAUGUUGCCAUUUUGAUUCCUGAAAAUUGGAAAACAAAACCUGAAUAUGUGAAACCCAAACUUGAGACCUACAAAAAUGCUGAUGUUCUGGUUGCUGAACCUAAUCCAACAGGUAACGAUGGACCUUAUACUGAGCAGAUGGGAGGCUGUGGAGAAAAGGGUGAUAGAAUUUAUCUCACUCCUGACUUCCUAGCUGGAAAAAAGUUGCUUCAAUAUGGACCACAAGGAAGGGCAUUUGUCCAUGAAUGGGCUCAUCUACGAUGGGGAGUAUUUAAUGAAUAUAAUAAUGACCAGAAAUUCUACCUAUCCAACAAAAGAAGAAAACCAGUAGUAUGUUCAGAAGGUUUUACUGGUGAUACUGUAAUACAGAAGUGUCAAGGAGGAAGCUGUGUCACUCAACCAUGCAAACUUGACAGAAAAACAGGACUGUAUGAAGAAGGAUGUGAAUUCAUACCUCAUAAGGGGGAGAAGGCUUCCAUAAUGUAUUCACAAAGUAUUGAUACUGUGGUUGAAUUCUGUACAGAUAAAAAUCACAAUAGAGAAGCCCCAAACGAGCAAAACAAAAAAUGCAAUCACCGAAGCACAUGGGAAGUGAUCCAAGAUUCAGAGGAUUUUAAGACAACAACUCCUAUGACAACACAGCCACCCAGUCCCACCUUCUCAUUGCUGCAGAUCGGACAAAGAAUUGUGUGUUUAGUCCUUGAUAAGUCUGGAAGCAUGACGAUUGGUAACCGCCUUAACCGACUGAAUCAAGCAGGCAAACUCUUCCUUCUGCAGACGGUUGAGCAAGGGUCCUGGGUCGGGAUGGUGACGUUUGACAGUGCUGCCUAUGUACAAAGUGAACUUGUACAGAUAAACAGUGCCACUGAAAGAGACACGCUUACCAAAAGCUUACCCACAAUAGCCUCAGGAGGAACAUCCAUCUGCUCUGGGCUUCGAUCAGCAUUCACUGUGAUUAAGAAGAAAUAUCCAACAGAUGGAGCUGAAAUCGUCUUACUGACCGAUGGGGAGGACAACACGAUAAGUGCAUGCUUUGACGAGGUGAAGCAAAGCGGAGCCAUCAUCCACACAGUCGCCCUGGGGCCGUCUGCAGCACAGGAACUAGAGGAGAUGUCAAAAAUGACAGGAGGUUUGCAGACAUAUGCUUCAGAUCAGGUUCAGAAUAAUGGCCUCGUGGAUGCUUUCGCGGCCCUUUCAUCAGCAAACAAAGCUGUCUCCCAGCGCUCCAUUCAGCUUGAGAGUAGGGGAUUAACCCUCCAGAACAGUCAGUGGAUGAAUGGCACAGUGACUGUGGACAGCACUGUGGGGAAAGACACUUUGUUUCUCAUCACCUGGACAACUGAUCUUCCCCAAAUCCUUCUCUGGGAUCCCAGUGGAAACAAACAAGAUGGCUUUGUAGUGGAUAAAAAGACCAAAAUGGCCUACCUCCAAAUCCCAGACAUUGCCAAGGUUGGCAUUUGGAAAUACAGCCUACAAGCAAGCUCCCAAACCCUAACUUUGACUGUCACCUCCCGUGCAUCAAGUACUACUUUGCCUCCAGUUACAGUGACCUCUAAAAUGAACAAAGACACAGGCAAAUUCCCUAGCCCUGUGGUAGUUUAUGUAAAGAUUCACCAAGGAACCAAGCCAAUUCUCAGGUCCAAGGUCACAGCACUAAUAGAAUCAGUGGAUGGGAAAACAGUUACCUUGGAAUUAUUGGACAAUGGAGCAGGUGCUGAUGCUACUAAGGAUGAUGGUAUCUAUUCAAGGUAUUUUACAGCUUAUGAUACAAAUGGUAGAUACAGUGUAAAAGUGUGGGCUCUGGGAGGAGUCAACACAGCCUCUCAGAAGGUAUCACCCCAGCGAAAUGGAGCCAUGUACAUACCUGGCUGGAUUGAGAAUGGUGAAGUAAAAUGGAAUCCACCAAAACCUGAAAUUAACAAGGAUCAAGGCAAGCAAGUAUGUUUCAGCAGAACGUCCUCAGGAGGUUCAUUUGUGGCCACUGAUGUUCCAAAGGCCCCCAUACCUGAUCUCUUUCCACCAUGUAAAAUUACUGACCUGAAGGCAAAAAUCGAAGGGGACAAUCUCAUUAAUCUGACUUGGACGGCUCCCGGGGAUGAUUAUGAUCAUGGAAGAGCUGACAAGUACAUCAUUAGAAUAAGCACAAAUAUUCUUGAGCUCAGAGACAAGUUCAAUGAAUCGCUUCAAGUGAACACUACUGAUCUCAUCCCAAAUGAGGCCAACUCAGAGGAAGUCUUUGUGUUUAAACCAGAAACCAUCACUUUUACAAAUGGCACGGAUCUCUUCAUUGCUAUACAGGCUGUUGAUGAGGUCAGCCUGAAGUCAGAAAUCUCCAACAUUGCACAAGUAUCUUUGUUUAUUCCCCCAGAGAUUCCUCCAGAAAAACCAAGUCCUUCUCUUCCUUGUCCUGAUAUUAGUAUCAACAGCACCAUUCCUGGUAUUCAUAUUUUAAAAAUUAUGUGGAAGUGGCUAGGAGAAUUACAAAUUUCCUUGGGCUGAGUUUUCCUGAGAUAAAUCAUUCAUCCUUCUUUUGAUUAUAAAGAUUUAUAGAAUGUAUUUUAGAUUUCCUGUAUGAGGCAAUUUAAUGAAAUAAAAUACUAAAAACUGGGUACACAUGCAUAAAAAGUA